AUGGCCAGUAAUGAAGAUAGUAGUGAAUAUAAAAGCAUCUCACCCAAUUUUAUAAAAAGAACUAUUAAUGGAAACAAAGAUAGUUUCAGUAAAAACAGUAUAGAAAAUUCAAAUGAAGAUAACUUAACCAAUAUAUUUCACAAAAAUGAAUUCUUUGUAAUUACAGAUUUGGUACCAAUCGAAACAAACACAAUAAAUAAUCAACUCAAUAUACCAAAUGGGCAAAAUAGCAUCAAUGGAACACCAAUAAAUAAAAACUUAGCAUUAGACGAUCAAUUAAUAGAUAUACCUUUAUCACCAUUAGAUUUCGAAAAAAAUAAAAUAAAAAAUCUGCAAAACAAUAGUAAUAAUAUAAAUAAUAACCAAAAAAUAGAAAAAAAUGAAAUAAAAGAAUAUGAUGAAGAAUCGAUAAUCAUUAAUAAUAUUGACAAAUUACCAAAUGAUACACCAUUAAAGGAGCACAAUGUUAUAAGAAAAUCAACUAGUGUUAAUCUAAGAGAGUCCACACCAUUAAAUACAUCAAAACCAUAUAUACCUCCAGCAUCAACUCAGUUAUUUCCAAACAAAGAAGAGCUAAGUAAAAAAGAAUUAAAGAAAGAAAAGAAAAUUGAAAAGCAUAUUUUAGAGGCGAUGCAAGAUCAUGGCAAUAAUAUAAAUAGCCAAUAUAUUGUUGAGGGUAUACCACUAUCAACUGUAUCAAAUAAUAAUAACAAUACUUUAAAUACAAAUACUGCAACAUCAUCAACUGACAACAUUGCCUCGGGUAGUCAAGUAUUUGGUACUUCAACGGAUAAUAUUGCUGGGGAAACUAAGGUUAAAAAAUCAGGUAAAAAGAAGAGAAGAUUAAAGAAAAAAAAUAAACACUUAGAACAUAAAAAGAAUUCCCUGGGCGAAACUAUAUUCAAAGGUCAUCCAAGUUGGCUUUUGAUGCGUACCAUUCAAACUGGUCUAAUCAAUUGCAUCUCAAAAACAUCAAAUAGAAAUAUUAAAGAAGAUUCUGAUGAAUUUUUUCAAUCUUUUCAUUAUUUAUUGCCAGUAAUAGAAGAGCACCCUAAUAUGACUUUUAGAUUUAAGGAUUAUUGUCCUCAUGCCUUUUCUCGUCUCCGUGAGUUGUUUAAUAUAGAUCCCAUAUCAUAUGUUCAUUCAAUCUGCAAACCAUGGAAUGAAGUAGUUACACCAGGUAAAAGCGGAAGUAUAUUCUUUUUCACUCAUGAUAAUCAAUAUGUGUUAAAGACCAUUCCAAAGAGAGAGGCAAAGCUACUUAGAUCUUUGCUUCCAGAAUAUUACGAGCAUAUGAAAAGAAACCCCAACAGCCUAUUAACAAAGUUCUUUGGUCUGCAUCGUGUUAAACCAAUUGGUGGAAGACAAGUACGUUUUUUAGUUAUGAAGAAUUUGUUUUACACACCCAAAGAAAUCACUCAAAGAUUUGAUUUAAAAGGCUCAACUGUCGGUAGAGAAUUAUCACCAGAAGAAUUAAAAAAGACAUGCCCUACACUCAAAGAUUUAGAUUUCCGUAGAUUAGGUAAAAAAAUUCAUUUAGGUCCUGAUAGAAAGAAAUUAUUUAUGCAUCAACUUAGCGAAGAUUGCAAAUUUUUAGUAAAGUUAAAUAUUAUGGACUAUAGUCUAUUGAUAGGUUUACACAAUAAAAACGAUGUAUCACAACCACCAGCAUCAACAGACAAACAAACCAACAGUUUGGAUAAAAGUAAUAUUAACAGUAGCAAUAAUAAAAUAGCAACCCAUUAUCAACAAGACAAUGAGUUUGAAAGCGGUGAUAACUAUUCAACUGGGGACGAAUAUGAAUCAGAUUAUGAAUUUGGUUCAGAUGAUGAUUUACGUGUUUCAAAAAAAAUAUCCUCAAUUAAAGAAACUAAAAACUAUUUAAAUUAUUUUAAUCAUGAUGGAGAGCCAAAAUUUUCAACCUCUGCAAACACAACUGCAACUACUGAAACCAAAACAACAACCACUACUCCAAAUAAAUAUUAUAAUAAUACACCAACUAGUUUAAUUAAUGAACCAAUUCACGAUUUAAACUAUUUAUCAGAAGAAGAAUUAAAUCAAAAUAAUUUAAAAAAUAAAAUAAAUAAUCUUCAACAGCAACAGCAACAGGAACAGCAACAAUAUCAACAACAAUACCUACAACAGCUAAAUAGUAGUCAAUAUAUGAAGCCUGUUGAAAAUCCAAGUUUACCACCAGUUUUACCAGAAUCACAAUCAUCACCCCAACCUUAUAUUAAACCAAAGAUUUCAAUUUUCGAACAUGAUAAAGGUGGUAUGCAAGGUAUUAAUGAUAAAAAUGAAGCAUUGGGUGAAUACUAUUUUAUGGGUAUAAUAGAUAUAUUAAUGCUAUAUUCUUUUAGAAAACAAAUUGAACACACAUAUAAAUCGCUUUUUAAUAAGGGCGAAGUUUCUUCAGUGGAUCCAGUUGAAUAUGCCGCCAGAUUUAUUAAUUUUAUAGCUGAUAUAAUUGUAUAA